CUUAGGCCCGGGUACUUCCGGUUUUGCGCGAGGCGCACCGGAACGUUGGCGCGCAGGCCCGGCUGGGGGCUGCUAUCCCGGACGCCCCGGGCGGCUGCGCAGAGGGCUGGCCUCCGCGGCCGAGCUGGCUGCUGGCCUUGUUUCCCGUCCAGGUGUUAGUGAGCCGCCCGUUCUCCUAAGGGAGCCUAUCCUGGCACCCUCCCGCAGCGGCUCGGAAAAAAGACAGCUCCGCGGUCGUUGACGGCGCGGGCUCUGGACUCGCUGCUUGGUAAAAACCCCCCUCCUCCUCCAGUGCGGGACGCACCCUCCGGCAUCUCUCUUAACCUCCAGGAGGCUUUCCUUUGGCGGCGGCGCCACUCUAGUAUGGCAUCCCUCGUUUUAUUGCGCUUCGCAGAUAGGGCUUUCUAAAAACAAAUUGAGGGUUUGUGGCAGCCCUGAGCCCAGCAAUUGUAUCAGCGCCGUUUUUCCAACAGCGUGUGCUCACUUUGUCUCUGUGUUACAUUUUGGUAAUUUUUAAAAUAUUUCAAACUUUUUCAUGAUUUCUAUGUCUGUUAUGGUGAUCUGUGAUCGGUGAUGUUUGCUGUUGCUAUUGUCACUGUAGGUGCCACAUACUGCAUCUUUUGUAAGACAGGGAACUUAAUGUGUGUGUUCUGACUGCCUCACCCUCAGACUGUUCCCCAUCUCCCUCUUCUUGGGCCUCCCUAUUCCCUGAGACACAACAAUAUUGAGAUUAGGCGAAUUAAUAAUUCAGCAAUGGCCUCUAAGUGCUCAAGUGAAAGGAAGAGUCGUACAUCUCUCACUUUAAAUCAAAAACUAGAAAUGAUUAAACUCAGUGAGGAGGGUAUGUCAAAAGCCGAGAUAGGCCGAAGGCUAGGCCUUCUGCGGCAGACAGUUAGCCAAGUUGUAAAUGCAAAGGAAAAGUUCUUGAAGGAAAUUGAAAGUGCUACUCCAAUGAACACACGAAUGAUAAGAAAGCGAAACAGCCUUAUUGCUGAUAUGGAGAAAGUUUUAGUGGUCUGGAUAGAAGAUCAGACCAGCCACAACAUUCCUUUAAGUCAAAGCCUAAUCCAGAACAAGGCCCUAACUCUCUUCAACUCUAUGAAAGCUGAGAGAGGUGAGGAAGCCGCAGAAGAAAAGUUUGAAGCUAGCAGAGGUUGGUUCAUGAGGUUUAAGGAAAGAAGCCGUUUCCAUAACAUAAAAACACAGGGUGAAGCAGCUAGUGCUGAUGUAGAAGCUGCAGGAAGUUAUCCAGAAGUUUUAGCUAAGAUCAUUGAGGAAGGCAGCUACACUAAACAACAGAUUUUCAAUGUAGAUGAAACAGCCUUCUAUUGGAAGAAAAUGCCAUCUAGGACUUUCGUAGCUAGAGAGGAGAAGUUAGUGCCUGGCUUUAAAGCCUCAAAAGACAGGCUGACUCUCUUGUUAGGGGCUAAUGCAGCUGGUGACUUUAAGUUGAAGCCAAUGCUUAUUUACCAUUCAGAAAAUCCUAGAGCCCUUAAGAAUUAUACUAAAUCUACUCUGCCUGUGCUGUAUAAAUGGAACAGCAAAGCCCGGAUGACGGCAAAUCUGUUUACAGCAUGGUUUACUGAAUAUUUUAAACCCACUGUUGAGACCUACUGCUCAGAAAAGAAGAUUCCUUUCAAAAUAUUACUGCUCAUUGACAAUGCACCUAGUCAUCCAAGAACUCUGCUGGAGAUGUACAAGGAGAUUAAUGUUGUUUUCAUGCCUACUAACACAACAUCCAUUCUGCAGCCCAUGGAUCAAGGAGUAAUUUCAACCUUCAAGUCUUAUUAUUUGAGAAAUACAUUUCAUAAGGCUCUAGCUGCCAUGAAUAGUGAUUUCUCUGAUGGAUCUGGGCAAAGUAAAUUGAAAACCUUCUGGAAAGGAUUCACCAUUUUAGAUGCUAUUAAAAACAUUCGUGAUUCAUGGGAGGAGGUCAAAAUGUCAACAUUAAAAGGAGUUUGGAAGAAGUUGAUUCCCACUCUCAUUGAUGACUAUGAGGGGUUCAAGACUUCAGUGGAGGAAGUAACUGCAGAUGUGGUAGAAAUAGCAAGAGAACUAGAAUUAGAAGUAGAGCCUGAAGAUGUAACUGAAUUGCUGCAGUCUCAUGAUAAAACUUUAACAGAUGAGGAGUUGCUUCUUAUGGAUGAGCAAAGAAAGUGGUUUCUUGAGAUGGAAUCUGCACCUGGUGAAGAUGCUGUGAACAUUGUUGAAAUGACAACAAAGGAUUUAGAAUAUUACAUAAACUUAGUUGAUAAAGCAGCAGCAGGGUUUGAGAGGAUUGACUCCAAUUUUGAAAGAAGUUCUACUGUGGGCAAAAUGCUAUCCAACAGCAUUGCAUGCUACAGAGAAAUCUUUCAUGAAAGGAAGAGUCAAUUGAUGCGGCAAACUUCACUGAUGUCUUAUUUUAAGAAAUUGCCGCAGCCACCCCAACCUUCAGCAGCCACCACCCUGACCAGUCAGCAGCCAUCAACAUCAAGGCAAGACCCUCCACCAGCAAAAAGAGUACGACUCACUGAAGGCUCAGAUUGAUCAUUAACAUUUUUUAGCAAUAAAGUAUUUUUAAAUGUAAGUAUGUAUAUUGUUUUAUUAGACAUAAUUGCACUCUUACUAGUCUACAAUAUAGUAUAAACAUAACUUUUAUAUGCAUCAGGAAACCAAAAACA